UGACAAUUAGAAAUUAAUAAAAUGAACAUGUCAUCACCACUAUUGUUCCAAAACCCACUGAUGUACUACCCCAGACCUCUGCCAAACCAGAGAUUUAUGGCUGGAGUUGUCCCAACAGAGGACUUAAUCCAGGUAGACAGAAAACCAAGAAACAAGAGAACCAAAAGAUCUUAUGUUCAGUGCAAUUUAACAAAAAGACAAUCCUUAGUACAAAGGGUCGAAAGAGACGGACUUACUAUAAAAGAGGCUGCCAUUGAGCUUAAGAUCAACUAUUCAACAGCUAAACAUAUCAUAAAGGUAUUCCGCCAGUCUGGCGAGGUAGAGACGAAGAUUAUGAUGAAGAGAAAGAAUAAGAAUCCAAAUUUGAAGAAUUCUUCAUAUUCAAGUACCGGUCCUAGUAACUACGUAAAUACAAGUCCAGUAAUCAAAAAUACCCACGUGGGAACUACUACUGUUAACAGCAACCUAAGCUUGCCUUGAGCACUCAACUUGGACUUGACAGUGACUCCCAACAUGAAGUAUGAAUUUUUCGUACCUAGUAAAAUAACCGACCAAGAAAAAUGUGAACUUUCAGACUUUUUCUUCAGAUAAACAGGAAGCAGCUCAGUGCGCUAUAAAACCUCU